UCGAGGCAGGGAUCGCCGGAUCGGACAGGGGAGGAGCUUCAACCCGCCGUCGCCAUGGCCAUGGCGGCUCCGAGCAGUCCCCCGACCCACCUCGGUGCUCAGACCGCCUCCAUCCUCCGCCGACCAUGGUCUUCGUUGUUCCUUUUUAGGAUAAGUCCGGCCAGCCGCCGCAUUUCAACCAUGCCCAGCCCAGUGCGCUUAGCCUUCCUCUCUUCCAACACAGCCGGAGACAUCCUGGAGGCCUGGAGCUCACCGGUGACUGAGCCAAGUCGUCGAGCUGCGAUAAUCCUCUCCGCUCAAUCUGGGUCGCCGACGCCCACCGGGAUGCCGGAGUCGCCACUGUGCCGCGGUGGAAUUCAUCGUCCCUGAUUCAGGAGUGUUGGCUGUGGCUCCUCGCUGCGCUCAUCAGAUUAAUCGAAGUGCUGGAUGGAGGUAUUGGUACUGGUUAGGCUGAAACGUUUGGUCCUCCAGAUUUCAUCUUCAGCUACACCCAACCGAAGUGGCAUUGCUCGUUGAGCCAUCAGCAACGGCUGCAGAUAUUUCGUUUCAUCAUUCAGUUGAGUCAUGGCAUUGGUUGGAGGACAUUUGCUAUCAUGAUCAGAAUUGGACAUGUAUAAUCAACUGCCAGACCUCCGUGGCAUGAAUCAUAACAAGAAAUCAGCAGUGCCAAACCAAACUCUUAUUUAUGCAGCGCAUUCACAACUAUCACUCUGCAACAGAAAUAGCACAAGGAUAUCAACCUUGGUAUACCAUUGUUUGAGUUAAAUACUCCAAUGGAAGAUGUUAGCAAUAUAUUCCACAAUGAUCUACUCCCAUCUCUAGGAGCAAGAGCAAACCAAUCUAUCAAGUUGAGGAAAUUCAUCAUUUCUCCUUAUGAUCCGCGUUACAGAAUCUGGGAGACGUUGUUGCUUGUUCUUGUUGUUUACUCAGCAUGGAUCUGCCCAUUUGAACUAGCAUUUCUGAGAUAUCUCUCGUGGGAACUUUUUCUUGUUGAGAACAUUGUCGAUAGCAUCUUCGCAAUAGAUAUCAUUCUCACUUUUUUUAUAGCAUAUCUGGAUCAGAAAUCGUAUCUUCUAGUGGAUAAUCCAAAAAGGAUUGCAGCUAGAUAUAUCUCCUCGUGGUUCAUAUUUGACGUUUGUUCAACAAUUCCAUAUCAACCAUUUGGGCUACUAUUUAAAAAACAUGCAAAUGGCCUUGCCUAUAGGAUGCUUGGCAUGCUUCGGUUAUGGCGCCUCCGACGCCUCAGUGCUUUAUUUGCCAGGAUUGAAAAGGAUAUCAGAUUGAACUACUACUGGAUAAGAUGCAUCAAACUAAUUUCUGUUACUCUUUUUGCAGUACAUUGUGCAGGAUGCUUCAAUUACUUAAUAGCUGAUAGAUAUCCUAAUCCAGUGAGAACCUGGAUAGGAGCAGCAAUACCAAACUACAGAUCAGAGAGCCUAUGGGUUAGAUACGUUACAUCAAUUUAUUGGGCCAUUACAACACUCACAACAACUGGUUAUGGGGACUUGCAUGCAGAGAAUCCAAGAGAGAUGCUAUUUAGUACAUGCUACAUGCUCUUUAAUCUGGGACUGACAGCAUACAUCAUAGGUAACAUGACAAACCUGGUUGUCCAGGGAAGUUGCCGUACCAGAAAUUUUAGAGACACAAUCCAUGCUGCUUCCCAGUUUGCUGCAAGAAAUCAGUUACCUAAACACAUAAGGGAUGAAAUGCUAGCUCAUAUCUGCCUAAGGUAUAAGACAGAGGGUCUGAAACAGAAGGAAACUUUGGACAGUCUCCCAAAAGGAAUCCGAUCAAGCAUAGCAUACCAUUUAUUCUUCCCCAUCAUCGAAAAAGUCUAUCUUUUCCGUGGUGUUUCUUUUACUUGCAUGCUCCAACUGGUGACUGCAAUGGAAACAGAGUACUUUCCACCCAGAGAACUUGUCAUAUUACAAAAUGAAGCGCCGACAGAUGUUUACAUAUUAGUUUCAGGAGCGGUGGAAGAGCGGAUUGAGAUGGAUGAGGGUGAAAAGGUUCAGGGAGUACUGUCCACUGGUGAAAUAUUUGGUGAAAUCGGGGCUCUCUGCAAUGUCCCCCAGCCAUUUACAGUCUGUACAACCAAAGUUUCACAACUCCUGAGGGUGAGCACAACAGUGCUAAAAACUGUUAUUGGGGAUAACAAAGAAGAUGAACAAAUUGUACUGAGCAAUAUAUUCCAGAAAAUAGGCAGAGAUCCAAUAUUCUCCGCUGUGUUCAUGGCCAAAUCAAUGCAUAAUCAACACUUCAGAAAGUAUAAUAGUUGUUCCACCUUCAACCAAGUCAGUCAAGAAAAUGAAUCAGAAGGAAAAGGAAGAUUAACAUCGUGUUGCGGAGAUGAGCACUGUAAAAAACUUGAAGAAACAGAUAGACAUGAACCACUUCAUAAGACUGCAAAUCACAGUGACUGCAACAGAAUCAAUUAUUUGAAUGCUAAAAGUGGAGGCAUAGAGAAACAUAUUCCUACAAAAACGAUGUGUACAGAGUCUAUGGACAAAGGAAAGGCGGACGUUCAUCAACCGAAGUUGACUGAUAGUAGCAUCACUGGAUCUGAAAAGGCUCGUGUCAUUACCCAAAACACAAAGGAACACACAAAAAUCAGGCAGUCAAGGAUCCCUGAUAAGAUACUUGCAUUCUCGGUGCCUGAGGACCUUCAGGAGAUAACUGAUAAGUACACAGAAGGUGGCACAUGUUCAUAUAAGGAUGGUGGUUCUGUGGUUACAGAAAAUAAAAGAGUGACGAUUCAUGGGUAUUCACAGAAGAACACAAAUUUGAAGGUCCCAUGUGCAAAAGUUAUAAAUCUACCAGGAUCUAUGGAUGAAUUAUUCACUGUAGCGAGUCAGAAGUUUAUGGGUUUUUGUCCUAUCAAACUAUUCAAUCAAGAAUUUGCAGAAAUUGAUGAUAUCACAGUUAUUCGAGAUGGUGACCAUUUGUUUCUUAUGGAGUCUUGAUCAUGGAAGCUCAUCGAUGACAU